AUGGAUGUGAGCUUCACGAACGUGUUAGAGGGGGCUCGCCAGUACUUCCAGGGACUGCCCGUACCGAGUACAGGUAGUGGCGCGGCCACGUCAGUGGAUCAUAAUCUCCACUCGACAUCCUCCACGAAUCCGGCCUCGUCCACGUCGGCGACAACGCAUGAUCAUGAUGCACCGUCGCAGCCGACACAAUCAACCCAGUCAAUUUCGACUUCCGCCAAUAGUAGCAGCAGCAGCAGCAAUAGCAAUGCCCAGGAGUCGAAUCGUUAUUCCGCCGACGUUAGACCUUCAUCGUCCGUGGAGAGUAGCAAUGCGACUGCCGGAUCUAGCUUCUGGAAUCCACACGUGGAGCCAUAUGCGCCGCAACCCACCAGGGUCGAAGUCCCGGAUACAAGGCCAGGCGACGAAGGCUCCGCCAUGGAGCCCAGCUCCUCCUCGGGCACUGUCACUUUAACCGAGAUGCAGCCUUCAAAUUAUCAAUUCUCCUCUUCCUCCUCCUCCGUUGCCGCAUCAUCGUCGAAUUUUUCGCAGAGACCGCCACUAACGUCAUCAUCGUCGUCGACCACCUCGUCCUCCAGCGAUCACAAUCAUCACCAUCACCAAUCUCAUCUUUCAACGUUGAACUCGUCAUCACAUUUGCAUCAGAUGCAACCGCCUCAACCGCUACAUUCCCCUGGACCAGUGUACCAGCAACUCAGUAAUGUCAGCAGGACGUCCUUUAGUGCGGCAGAGAUGCUCGCCUCUUCCUCAUCGCACUCUGCUUCAACCUAUCAGGCCGCCAAUAACGAUAGGCAAUCGCAGCCGAUCGUUGCGCAGAGGACUCAGUACUACCCACGCUACCAUCACCCAGAUAUCACGAAAUGCGCACCGGCCCCGUAUUCGCAGAGUUCCAUUUAUCAGUCCGCCAAUGUAGCGCAGCCCCCGAGUAUGGUUCAGCAACCGAGCACGAGACCGACGCCAAUAGAACAGAAUAAUACGACGGCAUCAUCCAACGUCAUUACUCAAGGACAUUGUCCGCCGGAACAGCAACGAAUACCUGGUACUUAUGGCAACAAUAUGCCACUCGCUCAGAGUUCUCUCAAUGGAUCCUCGGUAUAUGGACCUGGUUCCUCCUCUUCAUCCUCUCAGAGUUACACGAACCGUUCCACGAAUCAGUAUCAGCAGCAGGCCCAUCGUCUGACCGCUUCCACUUCGAGCGCCAACGACAGGUCUCAUAGCUCGGACGGGUUGCACUCUUCCACCGCCGCUUGUUCUUCAUCGUCACAGGCGGUCAGUCCGCGUCAGCCUGGACCAGGAAGUUCCUCCUCUAAUCACAUUCCUUUGCAAUCGCAGUCACAGAAUCUUCCGGGUCACAUUCCUUCACCGCAUCUGCCAUCCGCUGCCACCUCGGUACACUAUCAUCAGCAACAGCAGCAACAGCAACAGCAGCAGCAGCAGCAACAGCAACAACAUCAUCAACAAUCGUCUCUACAACAGCAGCAGCAACAGCAUCCUAGUCGUAUAAAUGCAUCGCCACACUCGCACGGUUCCGCGUAUGGAGGCCGCAUAGUGCCGCUGCCACCGCACGGCGUUCCAUCGUCAUCCUCCUCUGUCGCCAUGGCGGCGAAUCAUUCGCAGCAGCAACAGAUGCCACCACCCCCGAGUGGAUAUCACGUAGGAACGACGCCAUCACCGCACCAUGAACCGUCGCCACGUCACGCUACUCCGUCGCCGCAUCAUGCGACUCCAUCGCCACAGCGGCAGUCGCCCCACGUGUCCAGCUUGCACAAUCCACAUGCCUCCCCAUCUCCUCAUCAUACACCCUCGCCGCACAACAGCUUCCAGCCACAUUCGCCGACCUAUCCACCACCACCGCCUCCGCCACCGCCACCGCAGCAACAACAGCAGCAGCAAUCGUCGACUUCGUCAAGGUCGACACCACAAUCGUACAAUCUGCCACCGGUCACCUCGCAACACUAUCAAACGAAUUACGUGGCGGCGGUUCGUGACGCGGCGAUGGGGUUGCCUUACGCACCGCCGCCACCGUCCCAGUCUUCGUACCAUUCCUUCCAGAAGAACCCACAACCGGAGUCUCAGGGGAAUAACUAUUACUCUCAGCCAAGUCGAUCUCACAAUCAGUCUUACAGUAUGCAGCAGAUGCUGGUACCACAGACUGUAUACCCUAACACUCCCGGUAACAACAAUCUAGGUAGCUACCAGCAAAAUGUCAGCAAGCCCACGACGUAUAACGGCGCGGAUGCUACGAAGAGAGGGGCGAUUGACGUUACGACGAUACCUUACGGUACGCAUCGGUCACCCACGCAGAGGAGUGGCAACACGCAUAACCUGCCACCUAUCGCCGCUCUUUCGUCUUAUCAUUCCAACAGGCGAGAACUAUUGGGAAAAUCGGCGCAAACAACAGCACGACAACGAAUACAUUCGACGAAUGCAACCAACAAAGUCCCAUCCGUCGUGAUGCCACCUUCGUCUAUAACAAUGCCUCCUCAGAGGAUUGCCGAAUAUCCAAUGACUCCGGUCUCGGCUAUAAACCAUGCGAUACCGGUGAACGGUAGAACAACCACUGUAACGAACAUGACAUACGGUUCGCGAUAUACCGGCCAACAAAGCUACCCAUCAUCGACGUAUGCCACCACAAUAGCGCCCAGUCAUCAUAGUAACAACUCCGCUAAUAGCACUACAGUAACGACUAUCAGUAGUCAUGGUGGUUCAGGUGGUACGAGGUCUUCCGUUUCAUCGAUCCACGCGUAUCAGUCUUCCGACGAGUCGGAUCGGUCAGCGGGAUCGUCGUCAUAUCAUCAGCCACCGACACGAAUAACGACUGAAGGCUAUGCCUAUAAAGAACAUCCUUAUCAGAACCCAGCGUCAUCCGGUAGUCAAGCAACUUCGGCCGUCACUAUGACAAGUUCUCCGUCGUCGAGUAACGCAGUUCGGAAGAGAGAAUCUCCUCUGGAUUUGUCCGUGAAAACAGUUAAGACAUCGGCUGAUUCUACGGCGCAGGAUGACCUUGAGACUGUCAGCACCGACAAACAUGUCAGUAGUUCAAAUCUGAGUUCAUCUAGGAAUAACAUAAACAGGCCGAUGCCACCUCCGGCUGUCGUGCAUCAAUCGGCACCGGCACAACCGUCAUACUCGUCGUCGUAUGAUAGGCCUUCGAGUAACAGUUCGAGGAAUUCCAUGCAAGUGACCUGCGUUCGGGCAUCGACGCCUCAAACGGUGUGUGCGCCCAAAGUCGACUUUCUGCCAGAUUUUACUUCGACGCCGCUACGUCAUCAAUCGCACCACGACAGUUCUCUUCGCAGAAGUACUCCGCAGCAUCCGCAGCAGCUUUACGUUCCAUCCGCCCAGCCUCUCUCAUCUCAUCAUACCAACACCUCUCCACUGCCUCAUAUGUCCACGUUCAAGAAGCGUCCACUGCCCACGUCGCCGUACGACGGUCUGACGAUACCACCGCCACCGUCGUCUUCGUCGUCAUCGACGUCUGCGUCUUCAUCAUAUCUCCAAACAAAUGAUUCUGUAUCCUCGAGGUUUUCCAAAUAUCACUCGAUGAUGGAUUCAUCUCCGCGACUUGGUCCGCCCACAUUGCCUGCACAAGAUUACCCACCCGACUCGAGUUACUAUUUAGCGGACAGUAGGGCCAAGUUCGAUCAGCAAUUUCCUCAGCGCGAGCGGUCACUCAAAAGAGCUGGAGAGGCGAUUUAUGAUAUAGGAAGUCCUAAUAAACAGACCAGAACUGCUUGGCGAGUACCGAGUACUGACAAACAAAUUGUUGAGUCGAAACUAUCGACUACAGGUGCGCAGAACGAACAGCAAAAACGGCAAGAGAUGAACUUGUCGGUUCCUCUGCCAAAUGGAGCUCUGACAACACCUGGCGAUCACAGAAUCGACAACGGUAAUUAUUCGACGCCAGAAUCCAGAUAUCAGUCUGUAUACUGUGAUAAAAGGAUCUAUCCGGAGUCCAAAAUCAUACGCGGUUCGCCGUUGUCGUACAAUCAUCCAGUCAUCUCGAAAUCCGCGAGUGUACACCCAUUACCACAACAAUUGAGCAGUGCACAACUUACCUACCCAAAUUAUCGCCAGUCAAUUCAGAAGAUGGUAUAUCCUUCGAGCGGGAUGUCCAGUGGCCAAUCGAUAGAUCAACCUAGCAAUACUGGUGCCGACAAGAGGGUGCUCAACUUGCUGAGGAACAGCUUGGAAAACAAACAACAAAGGGAUGAGCAGCUCAAUAGUCAACAACCUAUUUUGGUUAAUCAUAGUCAACAGAGCUUCCAGAAUAAGGUCGUCGCGCCAGUCGAGCCCAAGAGCAUCGGCAGGCACAAUCUGUCACCAUUCACGGCGGCGAGUUUGCUCGAGCGUAACAGCAACACACCGCCACAUUACAAGUUGCACGUUCCGCGAGCAAUAGACUCGAUCACUCAGGAAGUGCCACGUAGCAUGUAUGCCUCAAGAGUGAACGCAUCUGCCACGCUACCCGGCAAGGAAGCCUCCCUUGCGGGACCACGUGGCGCCGAGAAUCAAAUCCAUCGUGACAAGGACGACGGUCUUGCCGCUAUCUUAGCUGCGAAGAUUAGGACGAAGGCGGAACUGAAACAAGUCGGGACUGGCCAAUUUACAACGAAAGCAUCUUCCAUACCUUCUCAAGAUGUGUCAUCAACGCCGAGAGAAAUCGAUAGUGCGGCUUCGACGUCGACACCACAGUCUGGUUCGUCCGCAGGUAGCCCACCGAAAUUAACACGCGAGAAAACGGUCUGUUUGCCGCCCAGAAGACGUUUGUUUUCGAGAACCGAUGAGGAUAAUGUACCGGUAACUGUGCCUGUUGCCGUCACGGUCGCGUCCACAGUCCCAGCUAGGGCGAGCGGAUGUAAAACAUCGGUCUUUGACUUCCGGGAGAGUGACUCAGAAAGUGAAAUGCCAGUUCUCGAGCGACAAACCUUGGAGGAAAUGAGAAGAGAUAGAAGGCAGUUGUCCAAAGUCCAACCCCCGAUACCUCUCAAUGAUGCUGUAUGUAUGAAUAUGGCGUCUUCGACGGAUCUCGUGAAGAUAGAACUAAAGGAGAAUGAUAAAAUCAACGACAUGGAUCCAUUCUGGAAUAACACCUGUGAUAAGUUUAUGGAUCAAUUACGCGGGGGCGAUACCGUAAAGAAACGUGGACGUAGAAAAAAAGUGAGUGGUAUCGCAACAUCGAAACUUGAAGACAUAGUUAAUAUAUUUGAUAGCGACAAGGAAUCGGAUACCAAUGCAUCGCAUUCUCGAAUCAAGACCGAUGACAUCAGGAAGGAAAUAUCGGAUCCAUCUAAUAAGAAUAAAAAUUCGAUUUUCAAGGACGUUAGGACGGAGUCCGGGCUGAGGAAGGAAGACGAUAAACACUCAAGUGAUGAUUCAGACGAAGUACCGUUAAUUAAAAGAACAAAACAGGAAGUGAAGAAGGAAGAUAGUGAUUGUGACGAGGAAGUGAUAUGCCGAAGAAGACGAAUUCGCAGGAUCAAGCUUGAAUCUUCUAGUGGUAGCGAAUCCUCGAGCGAGGACAGUGAUGCCAGUACUGGUACCGUAUUUGGUCAUGGUUCCUCAGUUGCUGACAGACUUCGAGCUAGGAAACGAGCUAAUGUGUCUGAAGGUAUGAAGCUUCGUUCGAGAGAUACUACUCCUCAUAAGUCAAAGACAGAGAGGGAAUCCAAAUUGUCGCCUCCUAAAGGUGGAACAUCUCAAAAAGCGAAGCCGAAACCGUUGUUCGGUGACGGUAGUGAUUUUAGACCUGGUUGGGAAGAGGAGGUUUACGUUUACAAAAAAUCUCUAAGAAUGCCACCUAGAUUGAUUACAGUGUCAAAACCAUCGCGUUUUCACCGACUAUCCACGUCAUUGCCAGAUUUAGAUCCUGGUUCGCCGGCAUUGUCUGUCUCGAUGGAUAGUUCCGACGUGUGUCUCAGCCGUAAUAAGAGAGACAGUGACAUGGAAUCUAAUUACAGUUUCAGCAUUAUGGGACUUGGCAGUAAGAUUGAUGACGAAGAGGCGACUUCAUCAACAACAGUUUCUUGUCCUCCGAAGGCCAUGAUGAAACAUUUCCGAUCGGAUAACAAUUCUAUUGUCGAUGUUCUCGCGCAGAAAGUCGGAAGUGGUGGUCAGAAAGACUCAAAAAAGAAGCAGAAUCUGAAAAGUAAUAAGAGUAGUAACAUUAAUAAAAGCAAUAAUGAACCGGAACUUUUACCAACACCAGGUCUUACACCGCUUCUGUCGUCCGAAACAGCAAAGAGCUCUAAAAAUAAAAUUGCGUUGAAGAAUAAUAGAAACCCGAUUAAAGUUACCAACUCCGUCCUCCUCGGUUAUUUCCGCAAAGAGACGGUCAAUAAUUUCCGUGACGCAUUCAAAAACAAUCAUACGUUGCCCAAUGAAUUCUCCACUCUAGUAUUGAAGAGUAGAACCAGAACGGAGACGAAAGUCUUGAAGAAGGAAACCACUAUUCGUGAAGUGUUCGGCGAGGAUAGGCCUGCGUCAGCCCCGCCGAUGCAGAAUCGCGAUGACACAUCACAAGAUGACGAUUCGCAGAAUGAAACACCAGAGAAUGCAUUAGGCAAGGUACGAACAUUAAAGCAAAAAGUAGUGUCUCGUUUGAGGAACGCUGGUAUACUACGAAGUCACAAAGCUAUUGCGAAUUCGAAACGUCAUCUAUUAACUGCCGAGAGGCGAAAGGAUCUCCUCAAAUCACUUGCUGAUAAGAAACUACAGCGCAAUAAGACUGACAUAGAGCAAGAAGAGACAAACGACAUCAGAGAAGAGGAAAAUAACGAGAUUGAAGAUGACAAGAACGAUUUGGAGAUUCGCAAUAAAAAGAAGUUGAAACUUCGACCUGGCCGACGAAAAUUCCGUUCUGGAUUCGAUUACAUCCGUAAGAAGAAGAAACCAUUAAAAAAAGACGAAACAUUACCAAAGGAAAGAAAGAGACAAAAUCAAGCUAACAAACCAAGCCCGGAGUGCGUAGCCGAUAUUCAAUCUGAGAUCAGGACGUGGGUUAUCAAGAAGGGUGUCGGGGAAACCAUAUUACACCGUGCUGCCCGUCUCGGUUACACGGACGUGACUGCUUAUUGUCUGGAAAAGCUGAAUAGCGCGCCGAGUCCUAAAGACAACGCGGGAUACACACCACUUCAUGAGGCGUGCUCCAAGGGUCAUCUGGAGAUCGCAAAACUCUUACUAGCUUACGGUGCAAACGUAAGCGAGAGUGCUAAUGGUGGUAUCAGACCACUUCAUGAAGCGGCGGAGAAUGGUGCUACAGAACUUGUGCGAUUGCUGUUGUCGUAUGGUGCCGAUCCAUUGUUGGCUACUUAUUCCGGACAAACGCCUUUGAUGUUAGCUGUUGAUACUGAAGCUAAUACCAUUCUAGAACAGCACCUGGCUGAUAUUCAAGGUCGUACCACCGUGCCAUGGUCAUUCGCUGGUCCAUCUUCAAUUUUAGAUCCAGAAGAGACGGGCUACAAUCCGCUCGAUGAUGUUCCAUUGGACGAUCCUGAAUCAGAUGAACUAGAUGAUAUCGAAAUGGAAGUAAGCGACAUCAACUUGCCUGUCUUGUUCACCUUGAACAACGAAACCGACAAAUGGGUGCUGCUCCAAGAUCUCAUGGCGAUUUUAAGGAUAAAGAGUCGCGAUGCUCUUCUUCGUCAAAUUAAUCCGAAAGCACAUUCUGGGCCGCCUGCAAUUGCGCAUCGUGAGGUCAUGCGUGAGCUGAAGCUGCCAGAUUUCUUGGAACAAUCUCGUUGUUGUCACCUGUUGAGCGGCGGCGAAAGGAUUAAUGUGCGUGGUUCCAAGGUCAUUCUUAUCAAGUACAACGACAAGGUGAAGUCUCUGUUGAACGUAGAGAAAGUGCUAAUCAACCUUAGGUGACAAGAGGCUUCUCUGGGGAGAUCAUCUCCCCAGAUAUCGAAACCAUCAACUUCGAUUUCAACCAAGGAACAACAGAAAAAGGUUGAAGGCAAAGCUAUAAAACGCGAGCGGCAACAUGGAAGAAAACGACAAGAAACACGUAACAAAAAUUCUACGGACUGAGCGGUUUAUUCUUUAACC